AUGGACCCAGUUGAGGAGCAGGCGCAGGAGAUUGAGAUACUUCAAUCGAUCUAUCCUGACGAGCUAGAGUUUCUCAAUGAUUCUCAAACGCAGUUUCAGAUUAGAGUCGAUUUGGAUUUACAAAGUGAUCGAAAACAUUCAUUUUAUUUAAUAGUCAAGUAUCCAGCUACCUAUCCUGAAGUAACGCCAAAUCUAAGUAUAGAAAUUGCAGCACAACAGGGGGACGAAGAAGAAGAGGUGCUGCAACAACAACAUGCAAACUUGCUGGACGGAGACGAGAGUGAUGAGGAUAGCAAGAAUAUCCAAUUGGCACUACAUAUGGCAGAAACCAUAGAUUUUACAAAAGAAGAUUUAAACAAACUUCUAGGCAAACUAAAUGAUGAAGCUCAAGUCAAUAUAGGUAUGCCCUCGAUAUUCACAUUAGUCAGUGUAUUAAAAGACGAAGCAGAAUGCCUAUUUCAGCAAAAGCUUGAUUUUGCCAAUCAACAAUUUGAAAGAAAACGUAAAGAGUUGGAGAAAAUUGAACAAAAGAAAUUCCAAGGCACAAAAGUAACUAAGGAAAGUUGGCUUGAGUGGAGGAACAAAUUUAGAGAGGAAAUGAGGUUCGAUAAAAUUGAUGAAAGGAAAAAAUUCGAAAUGCACGGUGGUAGACUCACAGGUAAAGAAAUAUUUGAAAGGGGGUUGGCUGGUAAUGAAGACGACGUGGAAGAAAACGAGCAAGAAGAGAAGUUGGCCGAUGGUGUAGGUAAAAUUGCUGUUUGA